GAAAAAAGAGAAAAAAAAGCAAAACAAAACAAGAAGAAACGCCCAAAUUAAUCGGUUCAUGUCUCUCCCAGGUGAAACGUCGGUUGAAAAUUGAAAUCACUGGCUUCCGAUUCCGACGAACGUCUUCUCCAAUCGUCGGUUCGGCCGAUGCAUUCCUGUCCAAAAGGCGUUCUGUAAUGGGUGUUCUAGAGUCUGAAGCGUGAAGUCCCCUCGAAAUGAAUUCGGAAAAACUAGCAGUUCUUUUAGAUCUGAUAAACAGCUACAUUGUUGUUGAAUGGGGAUUCUUGAUUCAACGGCGAACUAGUUUUGGUUAAUGUGUUGAUUUGCUGAUAUUGUAUAGUAGGUUAAAUCAUCAAGGUAGCUUGUGGGCAGCGCCUUUAUCAUUUUUAGCCACUUUCUGAACUUUUCCUUGGCGUAGAGCCGCUGGGUUCCAAAGAGGAAAGGAGAGGAAUAUUAAACGUAAUGGCCUCUGAAAGGGAAGUUUUUGAACUUUCAGGGCCAUUACACUUGGCUUCUGUUGAUUGGGAGAAUGCCAAUGACAGAAGGUCAGUUGCCGCUUGUUUGGUUCAAGGCGUUUACAUUUCAGAACGAGACCGUCAGGAGAAGCGUCAAGGCUCCAAGGCCUUUGCUCCACGCUGGUGGGAAUUCUGUCACUUUCAGUUGCUUCGUCAGCUCGUGGAUGAUGUUGACUCUUCCAUUUUUGGUGCUGUUUAUGAAUUCAAACCUUUGCUGCUCCAAGGUCACCACAAGGUUGAUGGGAGUCCACGUUUUGUGAUUGCUUUCCGAGGCACCUUAACCAAACCAGAUUCUGUCUCUCGUGACAUAGAAUUAGAUCUUCACCUCAUUCAAAAUGGUCUGCAUCGGACAUCACGUUUCGAGAUUGCAAUGCAAGUGGUUCGGAACAUGGUUGCUACUGUUGGUGACUCGAAUGUCUGGUUAGCUGGCCAUUCCCUUGGAUCCGCCAUGGCAAUGCUUGCUGGAAGAACCAUGGCAAGAACAGGCAUUUUCCUCAAAUCAUACCUCUUCAAUCCUCCAUUCUUGGCCGCACCAAUAGAGAGAAUCAAGGACAAGAAACUAAAACGUGGAUUACGGAUUGCUGGGAGUGUUAUCACUGCAGGACUCGCUCUUGCUUUGAAGGCUAGAAGUAACAGUAACCAAAUCAAUGGAACUGAGGACCCGUUUUUUGCUAUAGCAGCAUGGGUUCCUUCUUUGUUUGUUAAUCCAUCAGACCACGUAGGAUCAGAAUACAUUGGAUAUUUUGAACACAGGAAGAACAUGGAAGAUAUCGGUGCGGGAAGUAUCGAGAGAUUAGCAACACAAAAUUCGAUUGGAGGUCUUUUGUUGAAUGCACUUGGGAGGGAAUCUGAGCCAGUUCAUCUCAUUCCAUCAGCAGAGUUGGUUAUAAAUUUAUCACCUGCACAAUAUUUUAAACAAGCUCAUGGCAUUCACCAAUGGUGGCAACCACAUUUACAAGUUCGUUCAAAGAUUUACGAGUACUCUUGAUUAGAAAAAGAAAAAGAAAAAAAUAUCUGCUUUUGAACUUGUGAGAUGUGUAAUUUAUUAAUAAUGUUGUAUGGUUGGUGGAUUGGCAUUUGAGAAUUACCUCUUCUUUGUUAAUAGUUUGACGAGAGAAGGCCUGUUUAUUGAUGAUCACUCUUUAGUUGUACCAAA